AGAAACGACGUUCUUCCUUUGUUGGGGUUACAUCCACAUCCUUGUGUGAAGUUCGUUGUUCUAAAUGCGUUCGUUGUCCACUUCUGUUCGGAGCCUUCUUCAAGUGGACUGGCGUGUGAAAUGUGUUGUAGCCCAUAGGGUGGUCCUGAGUGGUGCGACAGACAGUACACAUACAUAAACCUCAUUACGAUCAACCGCUGGGGUGCACCCGCCCAAGCUGAGAAGGAUAGGCUACAUCUAUGGCUUCAGACCCUGUCAUUGAUCCAGACACAUUUUCGCCUUACUUUUCGGGUAUAUUUUAUCAUGCCAUUCUAAGCAACACAUAUUUGUGACAAGGGCGCUGGCACAUUUGUUUUAUUUUUCUUCAUUAUCUCAAGCGCUAUUGAGCAGAUCUAUGGUCUUUGUGUUUAUUGAGAAGAACAAUAGCUAUGAAAUUUCCACUGGAAAACCCUAGAAAACAAGUCAAUUUGGACCCGGAACAACAAGUGGCAGUCCAAACCAACUUGGUCCCUCCCAAGAAGGUCCAGUCAGGGAUGGUCCAAUCCAGCCCUGUCCAGGCCAGUGUGGCGGCCAUGCAGAACCCGAUGGGCUGUGAUCCCAAGGGGGCCAACGGCCACUGCCCCUUACCCCGGCUCUCCGUCUCCUCCCGUUCCGCCAGCGUGGUGGCCAGCAUGGACACCACCGGUGACCUCUUGGCCCUCCACUCUGUGAUGAAGUGGAAGACGGUGGUGGUGGUGUUUGUGGUGGUGGUGGCCUACUUGGUGGGUGGCGGCUUGGCCUUCCGGGCCCUGGAGCAGCCUUUCGAGAGCAACCAGAAGGACAGCAUCACCCUGGAGAAAGCUUUGUUCCUGCAGAGGCACCGCUGUGUAAUGCCUGCUGAACUGGAGGCACUCAUCAAGCAUUCCAUAGACGCUGUCAGUGCAGGAGUCAGUCCGAUCGGAGACACGUCUUACAACUCCAGUCACUGGGAUCUGGGCAGUGCUUUCUUCUUUGCUGGAACCGUGAUCACAACGAUAGGUUACGGGAACAUAGCACCCAGCACGGAGGGGGGGAAGAUCUUCUGCAUCCUGUACGCCAUAUUUGGCAUCCCGCUGUUUGGGUUCCUCCUGGCUGGCAUCGGAGACCAGCUAGGAACCAUAUUUGUCAAGAGCGUCUUGAGGGUGGAGAAGAUAUACAGGCAAAAACACAAACAGAUCAGCCAGACCAAAAUCAGAGUCACCUCCACCAUACUCUUCAUCAUAGCCGGGUGCAUAGUCUUCGUCGGCAUCCCGGCAGUCAUUUUCAAACACAUCGAGGGAUGGACGACUCUGGAUGCUAUCUACUUUGUCAUCAUCACGCUAUCAACGAUUGGCAUAGGGGACUAUGUGGCAGGUGGGGAUCGGAAGAUCGAGUACAUGAAGUGGUACAAGCCUCUGGUCUGGUUCUGGAUCCUGGUGGGCCUGGCAUACUUCGCUGCUGUCCUGAGCAUGAUUGGAGACUGGCUCAGAGUGCUGUCCAAAAAGACCAAAGAGGAGGUGGGGGAGUUCAAGGUCCAUGCGGCUGAGUGGAAGGCCAACGUGCGGGCCGAGUUCCGAGAGACGCGGAGGCGGCUGAGUGUGGAGAUCCAUGACAAGUUGCAGCGGGCCGCCACCAUCCGCAGCAUGGAGCGCAGGCAGCUGGGCCUGGAGCAGAGGGCCCACUCCCUGGACAUGCUCUCCCUAGAGAAGAGGGCUGUGUUUGCCAGCCUGGACCAGGGCCGCUUCAAAACCUCCUCCCAAGAGAGCAUCGACACCAAGCUGAAUAACUUGAGGUCGAAAGGGGCAGGGGAUCUUUGUUAUGACCAGCGGAGAGGCAGCGAGCAGACACAGCAGGCCUCGUCAGAGGAUAAUCUCUUCAACCUCCGCUUCCGCUCCCUCACCAAGCUGGCCAAGAGACACAAGAACCGCGACCUGAAGAGGAACAUUCCUGAGGACGUGCGGAGGGCCUGUGAGGCGAUGGAGAGGAGGAGGGAGGAGGAGGGAGUGGAGAAGGAGGAAGAGGUUGAAGAGGUGGAGGUGGGGGAGGAAGAGGAAGGGGGCGAGAGGAAGGAAGGCAAUACCAGCUCAACGAAUAUAGAGUAUGCAGACGAAUGCUGAGGCCAAAGAAAGAGAGAACGAUAGAAUGUUGGAAGGAAGAGAGCUUGAGCCCCAGAAAAGUCCCUAUUUUGAUGUCUCAAAUUGUGCCUUGUUGUUUUUUCUUUUCAGAGCACCCUACUUCCUAUCCAACCCCACCCCACCCCCAACCGACAAAAAAGCAGACGCAAUGUGGGAUAGCUUCUCCUUUUUACCCAAGGCUUAUGUGAGCAAGUAACCCAGUGAACUCGUGCAGGGUUUCCUAAACCCGGUCUGGGGACCCCCUGGGUGCACGUUUAGUUUUUUGCCCUAGCACUUCAAAUAAGAUGAGUUGGUUAUUUGAAUCUCUGUAGUCCUUGGGUAAAAAACUAAAUAUGCACCGUCCUAGUGAAAUCUUCACCAAUGAUAUUGAACCUUACUUAUUGAUAUUCAUUUCACACAAGCUAAACUUUCAGCCCAGGCUGAUGAACGGACUGCAACAAAUAUGACUUAAGGGGGAAUUGGAUCAAUAUACAAUGUGUGCAUUUACUGAAAUAAACUGUCAACAAUUAUUCCUACAUUGGUUUUGAAAUGUAGCCCAAGGAUAAUCUACUCAUAUUUUAUAACAAACAACCCCUACACUACACUCUGAUUGUAUAUGAUUUUGAAACAAAAUUGGUGUACCAAUGCAGUCAACAUGAAGUCUGAAAACUUGAAAGCUCAGGGCGAGCUGUCCUGUUUGUUGUAAUUUUAACUAAAUGAAAUGUACUGAAUUCACUCUGUACUGUUAGUGGAACUAGAAACAAUUAAGAGAUUUUAAGGGCUGGGGUCAAUCUGAUCUCAAAGGAACGAUUCAAUUUAAUCUACUUUUACUGAUAAGGUUUUGAUGACCAUUGGACCCAGUUCAUUCUGCACAUCAUAGGAACGAUUUAUUAGUGUGACAUUUUGUUACUUUAUUCUGUCAUUUAAGAUUGAUUAUGAAUUUCAUGUUUUUUAUUAAUUGUAUUUUACACAGCAUGUCUGUGUACAGUAUCUAUGUAAUAUCAAUUUCUGCAAUUCAUUUUUUUUCACAGUAAAAGAAAAUACAAUUAUAUUUGUCCACCAUACGCUACAUGUACGUAUGUGUUAGUGUUUUUCCCUCACACAAUCAGAUCAAGUAUUGCAUUUACCUAUACUGAGGCAGGAACUUUACCUUAUGGGUUGUAGCCACUUUACAGAUGACUAAUGUUUUUGGUCCUUUGCUAUGUUUUUGUCAUUGAUGUGCUUCCUAAAGCUUUACCUACUGGGCAAAAACUAUUUGAAUCAAUGUUGUUUCCAUGUAAUUUCAACCCAAAAAAUCUACGUGAUGUCAUUGAAUGAACGUGAAAAACUUGUUGCAUUUGCAAAAGUCAUCAACGUAAGGGAAUUUCAUUUUUUUUCACUCAACUUUUAACUGUGCCCAGUGGGUACUCAUUAAUCAAAAACACUAAUUAUGUGAAUGGUGGUAACAACUUUUACUCUGUCAAAAACAAUUACAUAAUGGUUUUAGGUAUGAAUGAGCUAGCCUUUCCAUUAUUUAAUAAGGGAACACAUGAUUAUUGGAUUUUUGGUAGUCUAGUUAUGUUCCUCUACGGUGGAACAUUGAAUUCUGUCUUUAGUCCCUCUGGUCUUCUGCAUAGUCAAAGAAGGAACAGAUGCUGUCGGGACUUAGGCUCACUCAUCAUAUCAACAACAACAACAACAACAAUAACAUAUUGGAUUGACUGAAAAGCUUGUAGUCCUGAUAAUGAAUAAUGUAAGUACUGGUUGUAACCUCUGUUUCUUGAAUUCUAUCAUAAAAAUGGCUUACCAUGA